AUGGAAUCUGAUUUGAUAACUUCACAGACGUUUAUAGACCUCGGGAUUUCUAAAAAAUUCAUUUUAGACGCUCUUGAAUAUUUUAAUUUUCAAUAUUCCACCCAAGUCCAAGCCCAAGCUAUUCCUAAAGCUUUAUCAGGCGAAAAUUUAAUUGUCCAAGGCAGAAGUGGGACAGGGAAAACUUUAGCAUUUACUUCAAUUUCUUUAGAAGCCAUAAACCCUUCUGAAAAUAAGCCUCAAGCCUUAAUAAUAACCCCAACCAGAGAGUUAGCGAACCAAAUUUUUGAUUUUCUCAAUGAAAUGACCUUUACGUCUGACACUCCAAUAUAUUCAUUAAUGUGCUGUGGAGGCUAUUCAAGAGGAGACACUAUAAAAUCUCUUAAUCAAGGCAUUCACAUCGUGGUGGGAACAUUAGGGAGAAUAAAAGACAUGAUCACUUAUAAUUAUCUUUCUGUCGAAUUUCUAAAAAUUCUUAUCAUGGACGAAGCUGAUAAAAUUAUAUCAAGCUGCAGCUGACUUUUUCAAAAAAUCCCUAAAAAUACCCAAAUUUUGGCAUUUUCAGCGACUUAUUCUGAACAGUCUUUAUCUCAGCUUAAAAAAUAUAUUGAAAAUCCUCAAAUUAUAAAAUGUCAAGAAAAUGAUACAAAGUCAAAAGAACUGAAAGAAUUUUAUGCAGAAAGUGACGCGACUAUGCAGGCAAAAGUAACUAAAGUUUUGCAUAUUUUAAAUACAGUGCCUUUUCAUCAAGCUAUUAUUUUUUAUAAUAAUAAAGGAUCAGGAAAUGAUAUGGCAGCUAGAUUAAGAGGGUCAGGGUUUCCUUGUUUAUUUAUAUCAGGGGAUAUGCCUCAAAAUCAAAGGAUUGAGGUUAUGAGGUCAUUGAGGUUUUUAGGGAUCAGGGUUAUGCUAAGCACAGAUUUGGUAUUUUUUAUAUAGACUAGUAGAGGAAUUGAUGUACUUAAUGUAAAUUUGGUCAUAAAUUAUGACAUCCCAGACAGAUCUGACAUAUAUAUCCACAGAAUAGGCCGCGCCGGCAGGUUUGGGACGCCUGGAAUUGCAGUUACCCUGGUAUCAGGGCAGUCUGAUAUAGAAAAACUGCAAAAAUUCGCAAACCCAGAAAAUUUCGAUUUUUUUACAAAGGUAAGAAAAAUAUAUAGGAAAAUUUUAUACCAAUUGAGCUAUUAGAAGACGAAAAAGAAGCCUUCAAAAAAAUCACUAGCGAUGGGAAAGAAUGGGUAGAUGUUCCUAUUGAAGCAUCAAUUGAUAAUAAAUUUACAAUUCCAAUUGAUAUAGAAGAAGAUGAGUGGGUAGAUGUGACAGCUGAAGAAUCAAUUGAAAAAAGGUUCACAAUUCCUAUCACUCUAGAAGAUUUAUCAAAUUUAUCAUGCAGCUUGUGCGCUGAACUUGGGUUUUCCACACAUUGCCACUGCAAUACAUGCAAGGAAAAUUAUAAAAUUUUUAUUAAAUAGAAAAAUUAAUAGAAUUUAUUUUUAAUUUAUAGAAAAUUAGAUAAUAGAGCAUAUAUUUAUAUUACUAAAUAUUUAAAGCCAGAAUAA